AUGAUAUAUAGAAGAAGGUUGAAUAUAAUUGCUAAUUUAAUUAUAAAAAGAAAAACACAAACUUUUAUUCCGAAAUGUGAAGGAAAUAUAAUAGAUAAAUAUGAAGAACUAAACUUCUUAGAUAAUGAUAUAAAACACAAUAUACAUAAAUUAAAAUGUAUAGAACAAAAGAAAAUUAAAAAUGAUCGUAUUAUAUAUAAAAAAAUAUUAAAAGAUCUCUUAAAAGAAAAGGAAAAUUUUGUUGCUGAUGAGUUAGUUCAACUUUUCUAUAUAAUGAUUUAUAAUGAUUUAUAUUACUUAGAUAUUUGCUUUAGGUUUUUUACUUAUUUUUACAAUAGUUACAUAUUUUCAAAGAAUUAUUUUAACAAUGUAAAUGUAAAUAAUAUUAUUCAUAUUAUAUAUUCCUACCAUUUAUUUGAAAAUUAUCAUUUUCUAACAGUGAAGAAUAAUAUAUUUAUCUUAGAUAAUAAAAUUGAGGAAAAGCAGAAUUUAAAAAAUGAAAAUAAUAAAAUUACCAAUUUGAAAUUCAAUCAACUAAAUGAUUCCAUAUCAAAUGCAAAAAUUGAAAAUGUUAACGAUAUUUAUUCAAAAUUAGAUACUUAUGUAAAAAAGAACAAAAAUGAACAAAAUAAUUUUAUAAAUAUGAAUAGAUACAAUGAAUAUUAUAAUAAUAAUACCUAUGGUAGUUUUCAUAUAUAUAAUUAUUAUUCAGACUUUAUUCAUUUUAAUAUUGAUUAUAUAAAUAAGAAUCAUUUGAUUAAAAUAUUAUUAGUUCUUUCACAAUUUGUCUAUAAUACGUCAAUAAACUAUUUUUUUGAAAAUAAAUUUAAAGGUGAAUUUUCUAAUUUUUCUUCUAAUAGUAAUUUAAAAAAUAUUGAAAAAAAUUUAUUUAUAAUUAUUGAAGCAUUCAUACAAAAAAUUGAUAUAAAAAAAGAUAUUAAAAAAUCAUAUACACCAGAAACUAUGAAUGAAAAAGAAAUUAAAAAAAAAAAAGAAAGAUACAUUAAUUUAAUUGAUAAUUCUUACAAAAAUUUUAUUUAUAUAGAUAAUGAAUUAAAUGAUCAUAAAUUAGUAUGUCUUUUUUUUUAUGUUUUAUCUAACAUAUUUCAUCCACUGUCUACAAACUUCUUUUUUUCAAAAGAAGAUUAUCUUUCCUUUGAAAGUUUAUCAGAUUAUUCGUCUAACAAAUUAACUGAAGAAAACAAAUCAAAAAUAUCAAAUGACUCCAAUAAUUUUUGUAGCUCCUUAGAAAAUUUAAACACAAAUGAUAUAAUGAAUUUACCUAUAAUUAAAAUAUUUAUUAAUCAUUAUAAUAAACUAGAAAUGCAUAAUAUGUUUUAUAGAAAUAUAGAUAAAGAAAAAUCCAAUAUUCAAAAUUUCAUAAUUUAUAAAAAUAAUAUAUUAAAAAAUAUUAAAAAAUAUGUAUUUUUAGAUUCUAUAUAUAGCCUAGAUACACAUUAUAAAUUAAUAUUUUUUAAAGCAGUUUAUUCCCUUAACUUUUUUAAUUUUCCUUUAUUAAAAUAUAUAUAUUUGAUAUAUUAUUAUCAACAAAAUAAUAAUAUUGAUAACUUUGACUAUUAUGACAAUUUACAUUUUCAUAAUUUUCAAAAUAUUCAUAUCCAUUACAAUCAGAAUAAUGAUGAUCCAACUGAAAAUAAUCAAAAAGAAUCCAUUCAAUAUAAAUUAAAUCAAGAUGAAUUAAAUGAAGAAAUAAAAGAUAAAAAGAAAUAUGAGGAUCUAUUGAAAAAUAAAUUAAUAGAGGCUUCAAAAAAAUAUGAUAUUUUUAAUAAUGCUUAUAUAAAUUUACUAAAUGAUAUUGAAAAUAAUAUAAAAAAUAAUUCAACUGAACAAAUAAUAAAUACAUUAUUACAUAUGCAUUUAUUUAGAUUUAUUGAUAAUCAUUUUAUAAUUCUUAUAAUAUCAAAAUUAUGUAAUAACACUGAUAAAUUAAGAAAUGAGCACAAAAAAAAAAUUAAUAAUAUUAUUAUGUCAUUGCUAAUAUUUUUAUCAACUCAUAUUUAUUCUAAUAAUUUAUCCUUUCUAAAAUACUAUAAUCAUAAUAUCAAUAUUUUUAAUCAUAUAUACUAUAAUAACAAUAUAUACAUAAGACAUUUAAAAAAAUUAUACGAUUUCAUAUUACUUUUAUAUAAUAAAAAUAUAUUUAAAAAAAAAAGAAAAGAACUACAAUCCUGGACAAAUUAUAAAUGCAUAUAA